CUGGCUGGUUAUGUUCUGGGACCUGUCAUGGAAUUUGGUCUUUUAUCUCACAUGUUGAAGGUUCCCAUAGAGCCAGCUGCACAGUUCCCAGAACACUAACAACGCCACGGCCAAUUAACUGGAGUGGGCUGCCCUGAACCAGCACCCCAAAAUACAAAGUCCAGGGCUCGGAGAAGGAGCAGGAAAAGAACAAUGGAAGCUGACCAAUCCAGACUCUUGUUUCUAUUAUUUCUUUUCACAUGGCGACUAUCUCCAGAAGUUGCUGCAGACGUUCAGGAAUCGUCAGAUGGUUCUGGUGCUUCCCAGAAACCCGUGAUGCUCACAGAUGUCCAAGCUACCAUGGAAUUCAUUGCUGUUGCUGAGGUGGCUGUUAUAGGUUUCUUUCAGGAUUUAGAAAUACCAGCAGUGUCCCUAUUCCAUAGCAUGGUGCAAAAAUUCCAAGAUGUGUCAUUUGGAAUCAGCACGGAUUCUGAGGUUCUGGGCCACUACAACAUCACUGGGAACACCAUUUCUCUCUUUCGCCUGGUGGACAACAAAAAACUGGAUUUAGAGAGCAAAUACAUUGAAAGCAUUGAUGCCACCAAAUUAAGCCGUUUCAUUGAGAUCAACAGUCUCCACUUGGUGACAGAGUACAACCCUGCGACUGUGAUUGGCCUAUUUAAUAGCAUGAUCCAGAUUCAUCUUCUACUGAUGAUGAACAACGCCUCUCCAGAGUAUGAAGAAAGCAUGUCCAGAUACCAGAAGGCAGCCAAGCUCUUCCAGGGGAAAAUUCUUUUUGUUCUGGUGGACAGUGGCGUGGAGGCAAAUGGGAAGGUGAUCUCAUUUUUCAAACUAAAGAAGUCUCAACUGCCUGCUUUGGCAAUUUACCGUACUGUAGAUGAAGAGUGGGAUACACUGCCCAUGGCAGAAGUUUCUGUGGAGCAUGUGCAAAACUUUUGUGAUGGAUUCCUAAAAGGGAAACGGCUGGUAAGUAGGAGCCUCCAGUAUAACAAAGAGAAAACCAUGAAUCAGAAGAAAAAACUCCAAAGGUGGAACUCUGAUUUCUCCUGAUACUUCUACAUACUACUAAGUAUUUACAUGAAAUGUAAAAAGGGCAACUGAAAUCUCAGAGACAGUAAACAGGAUCACCAGGCCUUAUACACACACACACACACACACACACACACACACACACUCACAGAGCUCUCCACUUUGUUCCUUAAAAUCUCAUUUACUUUCCUUAUCCUUUCUUUUAAAUUGUCUACACUCUUACUACCCAUCCAAUCUUCUAUACAGUCAUACUGCGUAGCCCCAUACACUGCAAUACACGCCGCUCAAUGGAGCCUUAAAGAGAAAUUCUGUGAUCUCUUUGAAGGGAGAGAGGUUGUUUUGAUUUGUCAUUUCCUGUUGAAUCUGUACAUUCCACAGGACUCCCAUGCAACAUAAUUUCUGCUCUUUUCUAGUCCUGAAGAGUUGAAACUCUACUUUCUUCACAAGCACGUGUCCCUCUCUAACUCAGUCAGGAAUAAAGGGAAGGUUUGAGACACCUUUCUGGAAUUGUCUUUUUGCCAGUCAAAUGAUGUUUCCAAGUCUCUAAACUCAGCAGAAACAGACUAUGUAAAAACUAUGCUUGUUUAGCGUUCCUAACUCCUAUGUAAAUCAACAACCACACAAUAAAUAAAAAGCAAUAAUGUUAUAGGAAAA